AUAUAUAUGAUUCCAUUUCCCAAGUUUCUAUAUUUCGACCAUCUUUUUUCCAAUUUCUUUAUUUUAAAAUUAAAUCAUAGAUAUUUUCCCCUCGGGGUUCUACCACAUGUAAAAAUCCCAAAGGUCGUGAUUUCCAUCCAUCAGUAUAAUCACACCCACUUUUUCCAUUAACGUACGUGAUUUUCUUCCUUCUCUCCAUUUCUCGGAUCCUUCCUUCUGAUCGAGUUUACAGAACGGAAAUGGGGAAUUGCCAAGCGGCGGAGACGGCGACGGUCGUGAUUCACAACCCGGCGGAGAAGAGGGUUGAGAGGGUAUACUGGUCGGUGACCGCGAGUGACGUCAUGGGCUCGCACCCUGGUCACUACGUAGCCAUGGUUGUCACGUCGCCCACCUUGAGGAACGACAACGGUUCGCCAUUGAAGCAUCUCAAGCUUCUCAGACCCGACGACACUCUCCUCCUCGGACACGUCUACCGUCUCGUCAGCUUCGAAGAGGUUCUGAACGAAUUUGCGGCGAAGAAAUGUGUAAAGCUGGGGAAGCUGUUGAGCGAAGGAGGAGGGCUUGAGCUGAAGAAGAAGAAGAGCGACGAAUCGGGUCGGGCAAACCCGGAUCCGAACCCGACAGAGGAAUCCGACAUGGUGGAAAGAAACGGAGUAGACGACGGAGGGUCCACCGGAAUCCUUGCCGGCGCCGGCGGGUAUCGGAGGCGGUACGGCGGCGGAAGGGGUGGCGCGUGGAGACCAUCCUUGCACAGCAUCCCCGAAGUCGAAAUCUCAUGAACUCUUUUAUAAAAGUGAUGUAUAGAUUCUCGGGCGCCAAUUAAUAACUUGGCAACAAGAAACCCAAAAAGAAAUGUAAAUCGAUAAAUGGCGAAAUAAGUUCGAAAUCUAAGAUGUUUUCACGACAA